GGCUUCAUUGGGAUAUUUCCCGGCCCAGGAAAAGAACAUCUCCCUCUAACGUGUUCUCUCAUCUUCGUGCGGCGGGAGGCGGUGACGAUUGCGAUCCUUCUCAUGACUGAAACUGUCUGAUUAAUGUCUGCGUCUUCAAUCCCAUUAAAUCCCUUCUUCAUGAUGUGUCUUUAAGCGUUGAUUGGAUCUGAGAGGCUGUGUGGGUUCCGUAUAAAUAUGCGUAAGAUUUCUCCUGCUCGGUGGCUUAAAAGUCAGAUAAGAGUAGUGGUCUCUACGAUCUUCACCUUUCAAGUGUUCAAUCAUCAUCGGCAUCUCAUAAGAGAGGAGAGAUACUUAGCAAACCAAACGUUAAAAGCUUCACGUUCAACAAACACAGACUUGCAACCAGAAAAUUUAGAUCAAACUGUCUUGGUCACACUGAAUCCCGAUGCAGAAAUGUUAAGAGAAGCGGUGAGCUUAUGGGUGUCGACAUGCUCGGAGCCGUUGUACAACUCAGCUAUACUUCGACGGAUGUCCUGAUGAUGAAACAACAACGACGUACAAUCUAGCCAGUGAAAAAAAAACAAGAGAUUGGCUUCUCCUCUCGGAGUUCAUCAACAGGUUUUGUUCUUCUAUUCAUUCGUUUGGAAUCUUUUUUUUUUGCUGUUAUCUGAUCUUCUAAGCGUUCGUGAAGUAAUUCUCAUACCCUGGAUUUUUCUCAGUCGUAUAUUAUAGUUUAAGCAUAUUUGAUCCGUUUUGUUCCUUGCAAGUUAUAUCAAUCAAUGGAAAUUCAGGCCCUGUGAUUAAAGCUGCCACAAACUACAAUGUUGGUGUUAACAUUGUUUGGACGAGCCUCUUCUGUUCACGUGGUGAUCAUCUUUAUGGAUGUUUUAUCUUCUCUGGUUCUCUAUUUUAGUUAUGAUAUAGUGUUAAUUGCAUAUUAUAGUUUAUUUAAGAUGUUGUAGUGAACCAAUAACUGUUACAUUUCCAAGCUUGCUGAAUGGAUUUGGGAAUGACACUAAGCUCCGUUUGAUAGAAUUAUUAGCUUUAGGUAGUGGUUCAUGGAGAUGGCAGCAUGUGUCCUGCUCGCUUCCCCGUUUGACUCUGUGGUAUGUUAGGUUUGAUGUAAAAGAUGAUGAUGAUGGCUGAAUUUUAGAGGGAAGAAGAUGAUGUUCAUUAGUGAUUCGUUGAACAAUGUCACUGUGUAAACAAACAAGCUUGAGAAUGUUUUUUCCAUUACUCAUAACUCUGUUUUGGUACAAUUGAUUUAUCAGGUUGAACUGAAUAAA